AUGAGCCAGUGGGCGAGUCUCUCGCGGCCGCCGCCGCCGGCAGACUACCUGCGCCGCGACCUGCUCUUUCAGCUGCUCGACUGCUGCCAGACGAAAGGCAGCGCGCACAACACUGUCUCCAGCGUGCGGCACGCCGAAAACCCCAUCGUGCGGCUCUAUGGCGUCACGGCGGAGGGGCACAGCGUGCUCGUGCACUGCUACAACUACGAGCCGUACCUUUGGAUCAAGGCGCCGCAGGGAUGGCUGCCGGUGUACACGCAGACUCUCAUGAAUGAGCUCAACACUCAGCUUGACACGCAGACGCACGCGACGAGCACGGUGGUGCGCAUCGAGGUGCACAAGCGGCAGAGCAUCAUGCACUACCAGAGCGGCGGCCUCAGUGACCACCUCAAGAUCGUCGUACAGCUUCCACAGCAUAUCCCAAAGCUGCGCAGUCUCCUCUCUGAUCGCGGUGUGGCGUGCGCAGGGGCAUGGGAGGGUGUGCGAGUCUUUUCUACAUUUGAGAGCAACGUCAUUUUCCCGCUUCGCUUUCUCGUCGACCAUGGCCUGGGUGGCUGCAACUGGAUCACUGUGCCCGCGGAGGAGCUCUGCCCCGCCACCGUGCGCACCUCGACCUGCCAGAUUGAGGUGUGCUGUUCACAUGAGGCUGUGCAUAACCACGAAGCUGUCGGGCAGUACCUCUCUAUCGCCCCGUUCCGCAUUCUUUCCGUAGAUAUUGAGUGCCAGGGAAGAAAGGGCCUCUUCCCAGAGCCCGAGAAGGACCCCGUCAUUCAAAUUGCUAACCACUGUAUUAACUACGGAAACGAGACGGAGCCGCUCACACGGACAGUGUUCACGCUAAAGAGCUGCGGUGCCAUCGCCGGAGCGCAGGUGUGCUCGUAUGAGACAGAGACAGAGAUGCUUCUGGCGUGGGUACGCUUCGUCAAGGCCAUCGACCCGGAUAUUCUUACCGGAUAUAACAUUUGCAAUUUCGACUUCCCGUACCUCCUCAACCGCGGGGUGGCGCUGAAGAUAAACGACGCGUUUCACUACUGGGGACGGCAGAUUAACGAGCGUACAGUACCACGCGAGAAGAAGUUUCAGUCUAAGCAGAUGGGGAACCGCGAGUACACGGAGUUGACGCUGGAGGGCCGCGUUAUUAUGGACGCGAUGGUCGUUAUCCAGCGGGAUUUCAAGCUGCGUUCAUACUCCCUCAAUGCCGUCUCCCAGAACUUCCUUGGCGAGCAGAAGGAGGACGUCCACCACUCCAUCAUUGCAGAUCUGCAGAACGGCAGCGAGGAGACGCGGCGCCGACUGGCCGUGUACUGUCUGAAAGACGCCCUCCUACCUGUUAAGCUGCUGGAACGUCUCAUGGUUAUGGUGAACAAUGUGGAAAUGGCACGUGUGACGGGUGUGCCUAUUGGAUGGCUUCUGGAGCGUGGGCAGCAGAUCAAAGUCUUCUCCAUGAUGCUGCGCAAGGCUAAGUCGCACAACCUCGUCGUGCCGGUAGUGGAAUACUCCGGAAACGGAGGAGACCAACGGGGCUACGAGGGUGCCACCGUCAUUGAACCAGUGAAGGGCUUCUACAACUGCCCCAUCGCCACACUCGAUUUCGCGUCACUGUACCCAUCCAUUAUCAUCGCCCAUAACCUGUGCUACUCGACGCUGGUGCGGCCGGCCGAGGUGGUGAAGUACCCGCCAGAGAUGUUGACCCGCUCCCCAACUGGCGACACCUUUGUAAGGAAGGAACUCUUCCCAGGCAUUCUCCCAGAGGUGUUGCAGGGCCUCCUUGCUGCACGAAAACACGCCAAGUCUUUGAUGAAAGACGUUCCAAUGGGUUCCCUCGAGUAUAAAGUGCUGAACGGGCGUCAGUUGGCACUCAAGUUGAGUGCGAACUCCGUCUAUGGCUUCACUGGAGCGCAGGUUGGGAAGCUGCCGUGCCUCGAGGUAAGCUCCUCUGUCACGGCGUAUGGGCGUCAAAUGAUUGACCAAACCAAAUCCAUCGUGGAGUCCAUCUACAAGGGCGUGAAGGUGGUGUACGGCGACACGGACUCAGUGAUGAUUAAGUGUGUGACGGAUGAGACACAAAGCGACACAGAGCGGCUGCGGUGUGCAAUGGAUUUCGGCAAGGAGGCAGCCGAGCAGGUGUCGCAGCAUUUUCUGAAGCCCAUCAAGCUGGAGUUUGAGAAGGUAUACUUCCCCUACCUUCUCAUGAACAAGAAACGUUAUGCCGGGCUGCUUUGGACCAACACGGAGCGGUACGAUAAGUUGGAUGCGAAGGGCAUCGAAACCGUGCGGCGCGACAACUGUCCCCUCGUCGCCAGCAUCAUAUCUGGCGUGCUGAACCGCAUCAUCAUCCAGCGCUCCGUUGAGAGCGCGGUGGAGUUUGUCAAGGGUACAAUACGCGACCUCCUGCUGAAUCGCCUCGACAUCUCACACCUCGUCAUCACGAAGGCGUUCUCCAAAGCGGAAGAUGAGUACGUGGGGGCGCAGGCGCACGUCGCGCUCGUCGAGCGCAUGCGCAAACGCGACCCCGCCUCCGCGCCGAACGUCGGCGAUCGCGUAGCAUACGUCAUCAUUCGCGCCGCGAAAGGCGCCAAGGCGUACGAGCGCAGCGAAGACCCCAUCUACGUGCUAGAUAACAACAUCCCCAUAGACACGCAGUACUACCUCGAGCAUCAACUCGCGCCGCCACUCCUCCGCGUAUUCGAAGGUGUCCUAGAUGACCCCAGUGUCCUUAUCAAGGGUGAGCACACGCGCCACAUUGCAGUGACGGCGCCCAGCAAAAACGCAGGGGGUCUGAUGAAGUUUGUCAAGUUUCAACUUCAGUGCAUAUCGUGUCGGACAAUAAUAAAGGAAGGUGCCCUCUGCGACGUAUGUCGUCCCAAGGAACCCGAGGUAUACGGUAGGAUUGUGGCGAAGCGGAACCACUAUGAGGCCAUCUAUUCACAAGUGUGGACACAGUGCCAACAAUGCCAAGGAUCACUCAACCAGGAGGUCAUAUGCACAAGCAGGGAUUGUCCUGUCUUUUACAUGCGCAAGAAGGUGCAGAAAGAUGUGAGGGAGCAGCAGCUGCUGCUGGAUCGCUUUGGUGUUGUGGAUGACUGGUGA